AGACGAUGACAAGGUCGUUUCUAUUUCCCCCAGUGGAGAAGAUCAUGGACCACGAAAUUGGUCUCCUAAAAAGAGCGAAUCGAAGGAAGACAUAUAAUUGUUUUUCCUCCGCAUAAGAACAAAAGGCAGAUUUAGUUUUUGUUGAAAAGGUCUCGACGAAUAUCAUACCUUGGUUGGUGUCACCACGUUGCUUGUCGUCCGCGUCACAAAGACCCUCCUCGUCUCUAGUAUGAGUAUCGGGGCCGCCAUGGAGCUGGACGACAGUAACAAGGCUCAAAUCAAGCGGUUGUACCAGUUUCUGCGGCAAAAGCGGGACCGGCACUUGCGGGAAGUCGACGACAUCGUGACGGAUUUGAAAGACGAUCGCUGCGCCGAGACCAUUUACAACCAGGAGGAUGUGGUGACCCUGCUCGAUGAAUUCGCAAAAAUGAUCAAAGAAGUCGUGAAAUUGGAACUAGAUACGGUCACGAACAUGAUGGCCCUACACACCGCGGACCUGUUUGCCCAGGCGCAAUCCAGGUCCGUGCAACUCGGGUCAGACCUCUCCGUCGUGGAGGACGAAGCGAGACUAGCAAAAAUUGCGGAGCUCGCGGAGUGGCAAGGAACCGCAGGGAACAAACCGGCGGUGUUGGCGAGUCUCGGUAUUAUCUGAGAACACCGCAUUUAUUCUCCUGCAUGACAGGCAUAAUGUUAUCGUGUAGAAAUCUGCUUGUUGUUGUUCGCAUGAUGAUUCUAAUGACUACAAAUUCCACCAUCAAAUAGAUGAAGAUAUUAUCAUCAGGCUCCGCCGCUGCCGGUGGCUCCUCGGACGAGCUGGUCAAGGAAAACCAGAUGCUGCAAGAGAGGUAUCAAUCGAUACAAAAGCAGCUCUCAGAAAUGAUGAGCGAGCGCAGCGCCCUGAAAGAGGAGCUAGCGCAGAUCAAGACCUCGUUUUCCACGAUAAAAGACCGGAUGGGCGCGGAUUUGCAAAGUAUAGAAGAAGUUGUGACCAGGACCAACAAUAUUUGACUUUCAGUAGCAGGAUCAAAACUUCCCCAAACUUCUCACUUGGCUUCUUGAGUUGGUUUUGCCCAGCAACUUCAAUCGUUUGGACGCCAGACUCAGGUCGUGUGUGAUAUGGAUGCAAAAAUAGAAUAACUCGAAACUCAGGUACGUCCAUGGUAAAAGACCUGGAAGGGCAGCUGAAGAAUACCAAAAUGCUUUUGGACUCCAAAGCCUCAGAGGCAGAGAAAGCACGAGAGGUAGCAGAGACUUUUUUCGGAAUCGGAUUCACAACGCAUACCAGUAGGUACGGAUGUGAAGACCAUGCGGCAUUCGUUUUAGGCCAUAUUUUCUCGAAUGCGAUCGUGCGAUCUGAACAUUACAAAAUCAAAACCCCAGGACCUAACCCGGCGUCUAGGCGACAGUUCGCAGUUCAAAGAUCUGAAGAACAUCGUGGCAAAGAAAAACCAGACGAUAAAGCAGCUCCGAGAAAGGUUACGGCAGUACGAGGGUGACGGUGAUGACGACGGCGAUAUUUUGCGAGAAUAAAAAUCCUAUUCGCUCUACUACCCUGCUGUUCCCUCUGUCCCUACCCCUGCCGGAGCUUGUUUUUGAUGUUGCCGUGCCAGAAGAUGGGCUCGACGUCAGCAAAGAUUAUCGAUCGGCAGACGCAGAGGCAGAGACGCAGGAAGAAGACGAGCACUGAAUUGUUGAGGUUUACAUGAUGUUUUUCUUGAUGAUGGUACUGGCGAUGUGUCGCAUCGUACAGACAUCCAAAAACCGCUCUGAAUAAUGCACAAAAAUGGCAGGAACCUAUAUGACGAUGCAAUACUAGAAGCUCGUCUUGAAGCCGCGAACUUCUCGUCUGCAACUACUUUCAGCGAUGCUUCUGCGGGAUGGCCAGCUGUGUGUCCCUGUCCCUUAGUGCCUGGCUUUUCAUUGUUGUGAGGGUCAGCAAAUGUUUUUCUUGG